GUGACGAUGGAGCCCCGCCACUUCGCGAACCUCCGGCCGGUGUCAGCGCGGGGGAACCUCAACCAGACCUCCUCCACCUCCCCCCGAGGCGCCCUCUCCUCCCGCACGCCCUCCUCCCUCUCCUCCAGGACCUCCUUCUCCCCCAGGGACAACCUCAGGAGCAGCCUGAUCCCCCGGAGUACCAACCCGCCCAGGGGCACCAACCUCUCGCCGCGGACCAACCUCUCCCCCAGGGGCACCACCGGCACGCUCACCCCCGCGCCAGGAGGGUCUUCGCCGAGUCCCACCUCCGCGACCGCCACGAGCCCUGGGGGAGGCGUGCCCAGGAGCCCCCGCGUGUGGAAGCCCAAGGGACCCCAGCAGACCGUCGGGAAGCCCAGCAGGAUCCUGAAGAAGGAGGAGAAGGACCAGAUGCUGAAGAAACUCACGCCGAUGCAGUACCGCGUCACCCAGGAGAAGAUCACGGAGAGGCCGUACUCCAACAAGUACUACAAGCACUGGGAGCGCGGCAUCUACGCGUGCGUGGUGUGCGGCGAGGAGCUGUUCCUGUCCCACACCAAGUACGACUCGGGCUCCGGCUGGCCUGCCUUCUAUGACGUCAUCGAUAAUGAGAAGGUCUCCCUCAAGCAGGAUCUGUCUCAUGUUGGUGCUAACCUGCUGCUGUUAGUGUGCAACCCGUCACUGGCCCGGACGGAGGUGGGCUGCGCGACCUGUGGGGCUCACAUCGGCCACGUGUUCGACGACGGCCCCAAGCCCACCGGGAAGCGAUUCUGCGUCAACUCCAAUGCCCUCAGCUUCAUCCCUCAGGGCCCGGUGGACGAGGAGGCCAUCCCGCAGGUGUUGAGGAAGGAGAUCGUGCGCGCCUCGACCACACCACGCCCCUCGGAGCCUCUGGUGCACUUAGCUUCGCCCUCGAACUCCUGUGCCCUCGGAGCCCGCAUGUGCUUCCGCGUCUCCAGCAUGGACACCUGCGAAGCCACCACGCCGCAGUCCUGAGAAAAGCCCCAUGGUUCCAG